AUGAAGGUAGUGGAGAAGGGAAACAAGAGGAGAACUCAAAAGGAGGAGGGGGAGAAGAGGAAAAUGCAGGUGGUGGAUGGAGGGGAUGGAAAUCCAAUGGCCUGCAAAUAUGACAACAAAGUCCAAUCCAAAUCUCCAAGCAGAUCCAAAUCUCUAAUGAUAUCCCAAUCUCCAAAGAGGAGCGUCCAGACUCCAAAGAUGAGAACAAAGUCUCCAAUGGGAUCCCAAUCUCCAAGGAGAUCCAAAUCUCCAAUGAGAUCUCGAAAGAAACCCAGAUCUCCAAGCAGAUCCACAUCUCCAAUGAUAUCCCUAUCUCCAAAGAGGAGAGUCAAGCGUCCAAAGAUGACAGCAAAAUCUCCAAUGAGAUCUAGAUCUCCAAGCAGAUCCAAAUCUCCCAAGAGAAGAGUCAAGACUCCAAAGAUGAGAGCAAAGUUUCCAAUGAGAUCCAGAUCUCCAAGGAGAUCCAAAUCUCCAAAUAUGAGAGUCAAGCGUCCAAAGAUGACAGCAAAGUCUCCAAGGAGAUCCAAAUCUCCCAAGAGGAGAGUCAAGACUCCAAAGAUGAGAGCAAAGUCUCCAAUGAGAUCCAGA